GCCGACGUAUGCGCCUUUCUUCUUAACCACCACCAUCCCUUCCGCCUUCCAGGGCCCCCACUGCUAUGCCAGUCGGAAGUGUCAAUAUCGAAGAAUUUGGAGGGUUCUCGGACCCUGUGUGACUGUAUUCUAACUAAGUGUUGUUGGGACCCCUGAUUGUCCUCAUCUCAAUGAGGCGCAUGCCUCGCAACGACAUUUCUGUAUUUCCGAUUCCUUGGCAUGGCAUAUACGCUACCCUGUCUGGCAUGAGCGACAGCGUGCAAGUUCGAUGUCGGUGUGAAAACCAUUUGUCGGGACGUGUUGGUUUUCAGGUCCCGAGCUGCUGAUGAAGUCUUAUCGCAAGAUAAGAUAAUCAGUAUUUUCGCUUCUCGCAGAACUUCCCAUAUCCUUUGCACCGCUUCACCUUGUUCUCCGCUGGAAGCAUCGGAGAACUACUUGGACUCUUUGCAAGCGACUUCAUGAACAUACGGGCCCUUUAUCGAUGUUCUUGCUUUUGUUUUUCCGCGUGGCCCGUUCCAUUUCACGAUACGUUGGGCAUGUCGAUGCAGUAUGGCUUCAUGCUACGAAUUGCUCUAGGCGCCCACCUCACCAUUGGGCGAGUUUCGCCUGUUGAUUUUUUUCCUGGACGAUGUAUUGUUGAUUGUGGUUACUCGGUCACGAUUUUUUCUAUCUUUAUUCCCGCCAUGGUCGUUACCGUUUGUCAUCGUAUUUUCUUGUGGCAUCUUCUCGAGACGUUGACGUGGUCACGAAGGCACAGUGACCUGGCUUGCUUUUCAUGAGUAGGUUCGAACUCACAGAAGCUUAACUCACGGAAUACGACACUCUGAUGUCGAUGGACUUGAUCAUGGCCAUGCUAGCAUGUCGCUGGUUGUAGUCUGCCUUUCUGCCAUUUCUUCUACUGGUGGGGUUGCCCAUCUUAUUGCAUUAUAACUAUGGACCGCAAUGCGCUCCUGUGGAGUGAAAGAUUGAGGGAUGUCUUCCCUGCCUGUUCGGUAGAUGUAUCGUUACCCUAGUAAUCGUACGUUAGUUUGUUGUGCUCCAUGUAUGAUAAGCGUACCCGACGAAUAGACACAUUUACUCUCGACACGUCUACUCUUGAGUUGUCCUCUUUCACUGGUGGUGUGCUUCUCUGUUCAUAUAUUCUCUGUUAAAUCGUCUAUCGCUUCUUGCAGCUCCUUUGACUUUGUAAUUACGAGGUUGGAGCAUAGUAGCCUUUUCACUGUGGUUUACAGCCACACUGUAUUGACUCUCCGACGUGUGGCCUUUGAUUGUCCUUGUCACGGUUGACCUCUUGCCACCCGCCGUGCACUGUGUCGGCAAUCCUCCUUCGCCCACACUUACAACCUAUCACUUCUUCUCUCGAGCAAGCUGUACCAUGUCGAAUGGGCAGGCUGCUGUCAGAAAUGCCGCUAUAAGCAGCCUCAAGUUCAAGAAACUCCCUAACAAGGAUUCGCAAGCUUCUUCCUAUCCUUCAACCUCUUCAUCGUCCCCAUCGUUGCCGACUGCUCCGCCGCCAUCGUUCAACACACCCCCUCCGCAGUCUCGCGACGCUACCUUGUCAUCGCGGUAUUUCCCCGCACACCCGGGCCAUGCAGGCAAUGUGCUCGUACCAAGUUCCAGUCCACCACCUGCCGAUGUUGCCUAUCACUCACAUGUGCCGACCGAUGGGUCCGAAAUGCUCGACGUGAUUCCUGGCCUUGUGUCGGAUCCCUGGGGCCACUCAAGCCGAUCUCAGUUUGCCGAUCUUCUCUCUACAUCGAGCGGGUUCACUGACAACCGCGACGGAGCAAACGCGUCGUUCACGCGUCCUUUGCAAGGUCGUUCUCUGGGAACACCUCCCGCUCAAGUUCAAGAUGAGCAUCGCGGGGAACCUCCCCGCAAACGCAUAAAUCGAGGUGAAAACCUAGGAUCUGAUCCGCUAGACCUCUUCCUCCAUCCGGACUCUCCUCAGUUGCAGCGUCCUGGUCUGCGACGCAAAGUCAACAGUCGAGUUGUAUCCUCUGCUUCCGAAGAUGAAUCUGUCUCAGACGCGAGGAGCGGGGUUGCAGGUCCAUCGCAGCCGCACAUACAUCGAGCAUCUCACUCCAAUCGACCUGAGACACCAGCCUCUGACGUGUCCGGCGCCGAUAAUGAACGGUUCACAAAGUUCAAGAUGAUUCACCCAUUGCAUUCCCCGGCGCAUAUUCUCGCGGCAUGGAAACAGGCGGGCGGAGACGAGUCGAAAGCCAGUGCGCUGCUGAACAAUCCUUCGUGGAGUCCGCCAGCUCCCAAAUCUCCAACACAACAGCGUGCCCGUGUCGCAGCAAAGACAGGACGUGUGAAGGAGUUGGACCAAGCAAGAGAGGCAGAACGAAACCGUCUGAAGGAUCUGGGAAAGAAGUCGUUGAUCCACAGGAAUCGGAUUGUCGAAGGCAGGCCCACAAUCAACACGACGACUCCGCCGGCUUCUAGAGUGACAAUAGACCUUACCAAGCCCUCUCCUCAGACUCCGGACAGUCCAGAAAUUGUUACAAAACGGCCCAAACGAUUGAAACGAAAGAUUGUCUCGUCAGACUCAGAACCCGAGUUUGUAGACAGUGAAGACGAAGGUCCAUCAACGAGACAACCGACGAACGGUCGCUCGCACGAAAUGAAGGCUCUAGAUUUCUUUAACAAUGGGACGGCUGAAGCACUUCAAGAAGUUACAGGAUGUACCCUAGAACAGGCGAACAAGAUAAUAGAACUUCGCCCAUUCGGCUCGAUAGAUGACCUAAAUACCAGGCUCGCUCAAGGUCGCAAGAAACCUGGUCCCGCCGGCAUCAGCUCACGAUUGUUCGAAGACUGUACUGCGAUCUUUGAGGGUUACGGCAAGGUCGAUAGUAUCCUCCAAGAAUGUGAAGAUAUAGGCACAGAGCUCCGCAACGAAAUUGCAAGUUGGACCGCCGGCUCUCCAUCUGCAAAGCGCUCAGGAUCGAAUUCUUUGCGAGGCUCACCUCUUGGUUCUGACGUUAUGGAAGACGGCGCAUUGACUCUGCGGUCUCAGGCGGUUUUGGCUAAGAAGCCAAAGUAUUACAUCUCCACCCAGCCUUCGGCGUUGGAGAGUGGCGUCCAGCUGAAAGAAUACCAACUACUCGGCAUCAACUGGCUGAACCUGUUAUACCAGAAGAAACUCAGCUGUAUUUUGGCCGAUGAGAUGGGCCUAGGAAAGACCGUUCAAGUUAUCAGCUUUUUUGCACAUCUGCGGGAACGGGGUCCGAAAGGGCCUCAUCUUAUCAUUGUGCCUGCAUCAACGCUCGAGAAUUGGCUUCGCGAAUUCCAGCGUUUUGCCUCAGAUAUUCAUGUCCAAGCGUAUUAUGAAUCGAAAGAGAAACGCGCAAAUCUGCGUGAGUAUCUCAGGCAAAAUCAAGCUAAUCAGGUGGAAAACGGUUGGGAAGUGUUGAUUACGACAUAUACCAUUGCUCAGGGAGAUGAGAGGGACCGGAAGUUCUUCCGUAGCAUUGAAUGGGAUACAUGUGUGUUCGAUGAAGGACAUGUCUUGAAGAACUUCCAGUCGCAAAGAUACAAAGCCUUACUCAGAUUCAACUGUAGAUGGCGUCUUCUACUCACCGGAACACCGUUGCAAAAUAACCUGCAGGAACUAGUGUCCUUGAUGAAUUUCAUUUUACCCGAGCACUUCGAAGGUGAAUUGGAAUCCCUUCGGGCAGUGUUCAAAACAAAGGGUGAUACCAAGGUCACUUUAUUGGCACAAGAACGUGUCUCAAGGGCAAAGAAAAUGUUGACACCAUUCGUCCUCCGUCGUCGGAAAGAUCAGGUUCUACAAGACCUUCCAAAGAAGAGCGAGAGAAUCGAGUGGUGCGAGAUGACUUCGUUACAAAAGUCCAUCUACAAUGAAGCCCUUCGGCGCUCCCGCAAGACCGUCUUCGACGAGGAAACUCCCAAUGCAACCGACUCAGCGGAAACCUCCAGUAAUGGUGCGAAGAAGGGCCCUAAGAAGAAAACUCGUGCGACCGCACGCAUGAAGGACAAGAUGUACGUUGAGAACAGCUCGAACGUGCUCAUGGACUUGCGUAAAGCUGCAUUACACCCCAUGUUGUUCCGACGGAGAUUUACGGAUGAGGUCUUGAGCUCAAUGACGAAGGCCCUGUUGAAAGAGCCUGACUUCAAGAAACGCGGGGCGCUUUACGACCUCGUUAAAGAGGAUUUGUCUCUGAUGACUGAUUCGGAGCUCCAAGCAUUUAGUCAGACCUACAAGUCUACGAAGAAGUACCUUCAACGAGAAGACUGCUACUCACAGGCGGGCAAAGUCAAAGUGCUGCUGAAGCUGCUGAAGGACUACCAGCAACAGGGUCGUCGGAUUUUGAUCUUCUCACAGUUCACUCAAAUACUCGACAUUUUGCAAAGGGUGCUUGAUAGGGAGAAAAUGAAGUACCUAGUGUUGACCGGAUCGACGCCUGUGGACGUACGUCAGUCGUUGGUGGAUGAGUUCACCGAGGAUGAGUCGAUACCGGUCUUCCUGCUAUCUACCAAGGCGGGAGGAAUGGGUAUCAACCUGACUGCUGCUAGCGUUGUCAUUAUGUUUGAUCAGGACUUCAACCCUCAUAACGACAAACAAGCUCAAGACCGAGCCUACCGCAUUGGUCAGAAACGAGAUGUGGAAGUCGUGAAGUUGAUCACUAAAGGCUCAAUUGAGGAAGACAUGCUACAGUUGGGAAUGACCAAGCUGGCCCUUGAUGAAGCCGUUGCUGGAGAGGAAGGCGAAGAGAGGGUCGAACAAGAGAUGAAGACCUCACUGAUGAAUGUCGUCAGGCGGAAGCUGGAAGGUCUUAAAGACGAUGGAGAGUCUGAGGAGCGAGAAGAAGGAGAGAAGCAGAAGGAGACCGGGAUGGAUAUUGACGGUGAUAGCAGCCUCAGCGAGGUGGAAUGAAGAACAGUUGAUGUGGACCUUCGGAUACGGAUCGUACCAGAUCUUACUUGUAUAUGUACUCACUGCGAUACAGUACCACUAUAGAUUAUAUACCUGGGGUUAUCUUUGCAUCA